AUGCAUCGUAGUAUUGUCUUUUUAAAUGGUCAUCUUCAUUCUCUCCGUAAACAUUUAUAUGCUCGACAUUCUGAUGGAUUACUCGAACUUGAAUUAGAAGAUUGGAAAGUAAAUCGAAAAUUUCGUAUUGUCACAAUCGACGCCGGUAUAUUAUCAUUUGGAGACUUUCGUUUUGGUCAAUCUAUUUAUGCUGUUAUUUGUAAUCCAAAAGAAACUAAAUUUAAAACACCAAGAGAACCACUUUAUCGUCUAAGUCAAAGUACACAUAUUCGGAUUCUUAUUUUUUUAAGUGACCAAUUAUUAAUGUAA